UGUUUUAGCGUCACUAGCUGUUGCUAGCAACUUGACCAGCCCUCUCUCGGGGUGUGUGACAGCGGUGUGGCUGCAGGUUGAAUUGCUUCUCCUCCUAACCGGCCUGGUAAACUGGAAACAUGCUGUCAUUCGCCGUGAGACAACUGGCCCGGCCAUUGUGUCAGCGUGCCCCGGCGCGCAUCUGCGUACGUGGGCAACAGUCCCACGCUGCCAGCCAUGUGGCGGAUGAAGAGCGACCGUGGACAGGCCAAGAAAGUCUGGCUCAGGAUGACCCGGAGAUGUGGGACCUGCUGUUGAAGGAGAAAGACCGACAAUGUCGUGGAUUGGAGCUAAUCGCGUCAGAGAAUUUCUGCAGCCGAGCUGCUCUGGAGGCUCAGGGCUCCUGUCUGAACAACAAAUACUCCGAAGGCUACCCGGGGAAAAGAUACUACGGCGGAGCAGAAGUGGUGGAUCAAAUUGAGCUCUUGUGCCAAAAGCGAGCCCUGGAGGCCUUUGACUUGGACCCGGCCAAGUGGGGCGUCAAUGUCCAGCCGUACUCGGGCUCCCCCGCCAACUUUGCCGUCUACACCGCCGUGCUCAACCCCCAUGACCGCAUCAUGGGUCUGGACCUUCCAGAUGGAGGCCAUCUGACCCAUGGCUACAUGUCAGAUGUGAAGAGGAUCUCAGCCACCUCCAUCUACUUUGAGUCCAUGCCCUACAAACUCAAUCCUGCGACAGGACUCAUCGACUAUGACCAGAUGGAGCUGACGGCCAAGCUGUUCAGGCCCCGGCUCAUCAUCGCCGGCACCAGCGCCUACGCCCGCCUCAUUGACUACGCUCGCAUCAAGAAGCUGUGUACAGACAUCAAGGCCUACAUGUUGGCCGAUAUGGCUCACAUCAGCGGCCUGGUCGCAGCCAAAGCCAUCCCGUCUCCAUUCGAACAUGCCGACCUGGUCUCGUCCACUACACACAAGUCCCUGAGAGGAGCCAGAGCGGGUCUCAUCUUCUACCGCAAGGGUGUUCGCUCGGUAGACAAGAAGGGCAAGGAAAUCAUGUAUGACCUAGAGGACAAGAUCAACUUCUCGGUCUUCCCGUCGCUGCAGGGCGGUCCUCACAACCACGCCAUCGCGGGUGUUGCUGUGGCACUCCGACAGGCUCAGUCUCCGAUGUUUAAGGAAUACAUUGCCCAGGUUAUCAGGAACUCCAAGGCCAUGGCGACUGCGCUGCUUAGCAAAGGCUACACCCUGGUGUCAGGGGGGACUGAAAACCACUUGGUUCUGGUGGAUCUGCGUCCCAAGGGCAUCGACGGCGCCCGGGCCGAAAGGGUGCUGGAGCUGGUCUCCAUCACGGCCAACAAGAACACCUGCCCCGGCGACAAGAGUGCUUUGACCCCUGGAGGCCUCAGGCUUGGCGCUCCAGCUCUGACCUCCAGGCAAUUCAAAGAAGCCGACUUUGUGCGCGUUGUAGAGCUGAUGGACGAGGGCUUCCAGAUCGCCCUGGACGUGAAGAAAAAGACAGGAAAACUCCAGGACUUUAAGAACUUCCUACUGGAGGACCCUGAAACAGCGGCGCGUAUCGCUGAACUGCGUCAGCGUGUGGAAGCGUUCGCCAGGCCUUUCCCCAUGCCGGGCUUCCAUGACCAUUAGAGAUAUUGGCAGUCUUGUUAAAAUAAAAAAAAUAAAAAAUAAUAAAAAAAUUAGAAAAGCCUCGUAUUGAGGUUUAACAAUAGAAUUUGGCAGAUUUUAUAAAAGAGAAGAACCUAUUUUCUAUUGUACAUUCAAAAGAUUGUUCAAUUUUCCACACAGUUGCCACUGCUCAUGGAGAUCCACUCCGUAGUCUUAAUAUGUUGUAAAGCAACUUAAGCAGUGUAACUCAGUUUGACCGUUUUUUUUUUUUUUUUCACCAUCAUCGUGCCAUUGGAUCCUUUCACCUUGACAUCGUCGCACAUCGAAUUAUCAAGCUAUAGGAAGCUGGGUUGCCGCGUGAAAAAGGUCUCUGCUAAUGCUGCUCUCUGAAAGAAACAAAUGUUCAUCACAGCUGCAUAAAUGCGACGAUACUGUCGGCGCAUUCUACAGUGACACCUUCCAACCUCGUGUUCAACAUCCUUUACCAAACAUGAAUUGUACAGAGCAACGUUGCAAACUAUUUUUCGUUGCAUCAAAAGGAACUGGGGCAAGCAUGAUGGUCAGCACAUCUGCACCAAGGUUCUGAGUUUGAAUGUCAUCUCCGACUUUCCAAUGUGGAGUUUGCAAUUUCUCCUGUCAUGUGGGUUUUCUCCAGCCUGGUUCCACAUUCCAAAAACAUGACGACCCAAAAUUGUCCUUGUGUGUGAAUGUCAGCGUGAUUGCUUGUCUGUCUAUUGGCCCUUUUCCACUGUGCUUGUGCUAGUGCUAGUGCUAGUUCCGGGCCAGUGCCCAGGUUAGCACAAUUUUUUCCCCCACCACCUAAAUUGGCUCUCCCUCAGGUGCCUGAAACUGUUGCUUAAGCUGGUCCCAAUUACUUGUUGGGCCAGACUCCGGCGCCAACCACACCGGAGAGGGGCCGGGGGGCUUAUGAUGACAAUCGCAGAUGUAGAGGAAUAGACUCCCUGGACACACGAAGGUUUUGCACAAACUGUUGAGCGGCGAACUCACAGUUGUGUCCCACCAGAAGAGUGAUCGCGGGUGUGCCCGGAUAGCAUGCGAUCACCGAUUCGCAGCCAGCUUCGCGAUCAUCUAAAAUGAUUCAGAAAGAUACAGUAUAAGCGUUUGCUGAUUGCAUUUCCUUGACUGUAAUAUGCUACAUACAAGGAUGAUCAAUGCUUUGCUAAGUGGCCUAGCAGAUGCUAACAGCGCAUUAUUAUAAUUAUUAAUAGCGCAAGCACUCUUGGUUAAAUGUUGACGGAAGCAGUGACGUUUGGAUGCUUUACAGAUGAAGUAAUGACGAGGCUCCUACUUGGCUCUUUGCCCGUGGAAAAUCAAACACGUUCUUCGUAAGAACUUGUUAAGCACCAACUGAGCACAGCAGUGGCCCUGGCCCCGAACGAGCACCAGCUUUAAAAAAAAAAAAAUUUGAGGUGGAAAAGUGGUGUUUGUGACUGUGAUUGACUGGCAACCGUUCCCAGCCGGUUGGACCCUGCUUCUUUUGUCAAAAGUUUGGCUCCAGCUCACCCCCGACCCUAACGAGGACAAGCACACAGAUGGAUGGGAAAACAAACUGACAAGACAAAAUACUACUUAUUGGCAAUUUGUUCAUUUUUUUUCCAGAACUCAUACAUUCAAAAUUUAUAUAUUGCUUUCCUCAAGAUAUAGUUGGGUCACAGACCGCCAUAAUCACUGCAUCAGUGAUCAAAAUGGGUCUGUCUAUUCUUCUUUUGCACAGCAUCUCUUGAAAGAGUACACUUUGCCAAAACACAUCAGCCUUUUAGUGUCUCUCAUGUUGUUUCAACUGACUUAGUUGCCAACAUAAAGUUUGAUGGAACAUUGAUGGAGUCUAAAUAAAAUAUCAGUCAAUGGA